CUUUGAUCCCCCUAAACACGUCAGAAAACAAAAUGAAUUGGUAUGAUGGAAGUAUAGCAGACGCCAUUCGCACGGUAAGCAGUGCUCAUCUUCAUUUCCACAUCCUAGGCACGGACGAAACUUCGAAAGCUGUGGAUCAAUUGUUCGAUGCGGAUGUGAACCAUGAUUGUGAAGAUUUUGUUGCUCUUCGUCUGGAUGCUUCUUCAGAAGCCACAGCUCAGUUCUCCGCGGUGUAUGCGGUACUUACCGUGCCUUGUGUUUACCUGAUUGCUCCCAAUGGGCGUGCUCUGGACGUCAAAGUGGGAGCGAUGAGCAAGGCCGAUUUGAGACUAUGGAUUCGUGAGAAAACGAACAAUAACACAACACCAUCCGGUGAGUUUAUUCUUUCAGGUCAUCGAACCUCACCAUCCGGUUGCAUGACUAACUUUGUGCAACCUAGUCAUUUGGACAGUCCUCAUUUCUGUUUUAAACCAUACAUGUUUCGCAGGGUCAUCACCACCAGACUGCACCAUGACGUGCUGUGA